ACGGUGCUGUACGACAUAUUUGCCUUUACCCCGUACAACCCUGUAUAUCUACAGAACAUGAAUGGGACCGCUGACCUUAAAGGCAUUAACGUCCUCGUCAAAACGAAGACAGGGACGUAUAGCGGGGCUGAAACCGAUUCCAACGUCUACAUCCGUCUAUACGACGACAAAGGUCAUCAGUCCCAGGCACGUCAGCUGGAUGUGUGGUGGAAAGAUGACUUUGAAAAAGGAUGCGAGGGACAGUAUAAACUGAAGGAUGUGAAGGUGACAGCCCCGAUCCUUCAGCUGGAGCUGUGGCGGGAUGACUCCCAUCCUGAUGACGACUGGUACUGUGACUCCGUCUCUGUACAACUCAACCCCGACAACAGCGGACCUACAUACGACUUCCCUGUUCAUCGCUGGAUCAAGCAAAACGACCACGUGUGGCUAAUUCCCGGAGACUGUGAGCUUCCUAAGGACGACCUGAAUCCCCAGGAUCGCGCGGAGGAGCUGGUGAAGAUGAAAGAACGUUACGCGUCUGUAUCAGCUCCUGGAAUGCUACCUGCGGUGAAAACAUUGCCUGCAGAGGAAGAGUUUGCAAAACAAGAUAUGGAUGAUAUGGAAAAAACUGCACGCAUCAUGCAGCUGACCAAGUUUCCGAUUGCCAUCUUUGGCGGAAGAUUUGGCAGUUUUCAAGGUUGCACCGAAGCCUUUCCGCCUUGCAAAGUCCCGAAGGGGAUGUUCCGAUGGCAAGAGGACGAAAUCUUUGGUGCACAGCGACUGUGUGGAAUCAACCCGACCUCCAUUAAACUGUGUGAAAAGAUUCCAGAAAAGUUUGGUGUGACGGCAGACAUGUUGGAACCGCAGCUAGGUCUCAAGCUUAAAGAAGCUCUCGAUAAGAAGCGUUUGUACAUUGUGGACCACUCACACAUGGGGAUAGCAGCGUUCAAAAACCAGAACAGGCCUAUGUGUGCACCAUAUGGUUUGUUCUUCGUCAAUGACAAGAAAGAUUUGGUACCUGUAGCCAUCCAACUGUAUCCCAACGAUGGAAAGGAGCAACAUCCGGUGUUCCUGCCAAGCGACCCGCCUUACACCUGGCUUUAUGCCAAAAUGUGGUUCAACUGCGCAGAUGGGAACUACCACCAGGCUGUGCCCCACCUCGGUUUUACCCACCUGGUGGUUGAGGCAUGCGCUCUUGCGGCCAAGACUACACUCUCCCGCUCGCACCCAAUCCAGCGUCUUUUGGAGCCUCACUUCUUCAAGCUACUGGCCAUUAACAACUUCGCUAGGGAAGUCCUAAUCAGCGAUGAAGGAACCCUUAGCAAAGUCUCGAAUAUCGGAGAGAAAGGUGCCUUCGAGCUUAUCAAAGAAAGACUGCAGACAUGGAGAAUGGACGUAGAUGGAACUCUGCCUGAAGAUCUCAAGAAUCGUGGAGUUGAUGACGUGGAGGCCCUUCCAAAGUACUACUAUAGGGAUGAUGCAAUGCCCAUUUACAACGCCAUUAAAGAAUAUGUCACAGGAAUAGUACAGAUAUUCUAUGGCAAAGAUGGUGAUUCCGAAAAACUACAAGAAGAUUUCGAGAUCCAGGCAUUUGCAAAGGCUCUUGUAUGCACAGAGGAUGGCAAAACUGCAAUCAAGGGAGUUCCUGGAAACGGAAAGUUCUCCACCCUUGAUGAGCUGAUCCAGACCCUGACAUGCAUCAUCUUCACCAGUAGCGUGCAGCACGCAGCUGUCAACUUCAUGCAGUUUGACCAGUACGGCUUUGUACCAGCCAUGCCGCUGAUACUUAUUAAGGACCCACCCAAAACUAAGGAUCCAUUGUCGGAACAAGACAUCCUCGAUGCACUUCCGUCAAAGCUAGAAGCCGUUGGAAUCAACACCAUAAUGUCGAUCCUCAGUGAACGUGCGACACAACCUCUGGGUGACUUUGACAUAGAGUACCUGCGGGGAGAGGCGGUUGACCAAGUCAUCUUGAAAUUUCAGCAAGACCUGGCCCGAAUCUCCAGUGAGAUCAAGUAUAAAAACAAGAAGCAACGUUUCCAGCCUUACGAUUAUCUGGACCCGAAAAACAUCCCCAACGCCAUCAGCAUCUAGGUGUCUUCGACAUAGAUUAUGAG